AUGGAGAGUCAAGAAGAAGGUGACAAAGUACAAACAGACAAUGACAAAGAGAUGGAAAGUAUCCAAAGAAUACAACAGAAGAUUGAACAGAAUGAUAAUGACAUCAAAGAACUUGUUAUGGCAUACAACAGUCUUUCGAGUAAAUUGGAUACUUUUGCAAAUACGAUACAUUCUGUUGUUAUGACAGAAAACCAACAAAAGGUCAUUUAUGAAGAAUUGAAAGUGGUCUGUGAAGUAUUUAAAGAGGUGCUAACAUACAAAGAGUUUUGUCGGUCAAAUGUAGGAAAAGAAUAUUUCCAAGAGAUUACAGAACAAGUAGCCGAAGACAUUAAACAAGAGUUAUCAAGUACUUACAAGAGCGUGAGCGAAGAAAUAGAAAAGACAAAAGAUAUAGUGAAGGCUUUACAUAAUGAUAUUGAAAUAGUUGAUGUUGGCAUUCAAAACAAAAUUUCAACUCUUUUUGGAAAAGAAAAACCAACACAACAAAGUGAAGUUGUUGAGCAAGGACAGAUUGAAGAAUUCACAGACUCGACACCUCAAAGGGGUGAACAAGUGAAAAGAGCAAACAGCGCUAAUCCUCACGAUGAUGAAAUAACAGGUGUUCAUUUAAGAACAAACAGCGCAAAACCAAAUUUAAAUGACGGAAGUAAGAACAGUGAAAUGUCGGACCAAGCUUUUAAACAAAAUGAAGUCGAAGACAUCCGUGACAAAACAACCACAGAAAAAGGAACCGACAACGACAAAAAAGAACUGGAGCAUUCCCAAAGUCCAAGCCCUCCUGUUUACAAAAAUAGAAAUUUGGUGUAUUGA